UCCCUCAGCAAUUUCCUCAAUUAACCAUAACCAACAACAACAACAAAAAAACCCUCACCCCAUCAACUUUCUCUUUAUCUCUCCGGGGAAAAACCCCCGAAAACCCUAGCUUAUUCUCGAGUAAUUCCUCCUCUCUCCAUAUCUCGCUGAAUCGACCUUUCGUUUUACGUUUAGUGGCUUUUUACAUGAAUUUCUAGGUUUUUAAUGGUGUGAAAUCGGGGCCUCAGACUCAGAUUUGAAGGAUCUGUUUCUGUAUAUCUAGGGUCAUAUAUAUUCUUUAUACAGAGGAAAAAAUAUAUGGCGGCAUCUGAGAAAGAGCUGGAGCUACAGUUAAUGGAGGCUGGAAACAGGCUCGUUGAACCCCCUUCAUCAGUUGAUGAGCUCAUCCCUCUCCUUGACCAAGUUGAAAGUUGUCUUUCAAGGGUGGAACAAUCACCAAGCCAAUCGAUGCAAAACGCACUGUCUCCGUCACGUAAAGCAUUGAUUGCAGAGCACCUGUUCAGACAUCCUGAUGAUGAUGUUAAAGUUGCAGUUGCCGCUUGCAUCAGCGAGAUAACAAGGAUAACUGCACCUGAUGCCCCUUAUGAUGAUGACCAAAUGAGGGAUGUUUUUCAACUGAUUGUGUCAUCCUUUGAGAAUUUAUCUGACAAGUGCAGCCGCUCAUACAUUAAGAGGACUUCAAUUCUGGAAACUGUUGCCAAAGUCAGAUCAUGUGUGGUGAUGUUGGAUCUUGAAUGUGAUGAUCUUAUUGUUGAGAUGUUCCAACAUUUCCUUAAGGCAAUAAGGGAUCAUCACCCGCAGGCCGUCUUUACAUCAAUGGUGACUAUUAUGAGCCUUGUACUGGAAGAAAGUGAAGACAUCCCUGUAGAACUGCUCUUCCCAGUCUUAGCUAGUGUAAAGAUAGAUAAUGAGGAAAUUCUUCCUGUUGCUCGAAGGUUGGCUGAGGAAGUGCUCAAGAACUGUGCAUCAAAGCUUCAACCGUACCUUACCCAAGCUGUAGAGAACUUGGGAAUUUCUUAUGAUGAUUAUAGUAGUGUAGUUGCUUCUGUAUGUCAAGUAACAGCUCAUGCUGUGUACUCGAAUGACGCUGCCUCUGGAAAACAUGUGGAUGACAAGAGCAUACUGGUGGAGGCACCUUUGGAGAAGGCAGCCCAGGAGGAUAAACAGAUUCCUGAACAAGUGGAUCCUGCAAACAAAAAAUCUCCUAAGGCAGUUGUUUGUAAUGGCAUUUUCCGAACUGCUGAAGAUGACUCGUUGGCUGAUUUGAACUCUGUAAAGAAGGAAGAGGGUGACCAUAUUGCUGACAAGUCCAAGAAUGAAACAUCACCUGUUGCUGAACCAAAUAUAUCAGAAGCUGAGGAAGUAGUUAAUUCAGGUCCUACAUUAGAGAAAAAUACCCAUGAAAAGGAGAGGAAAUCUGAUUCAAAAUUAACUGAACCUUCUGACAGCUCCCAUGUUGAUGGGAAGGCAGUUGAGACCUCAAAAGAUAAAAAAACUGACAGCAAGGAUGACGUUGGUGCACCUCGUCUGUCUAUUGGUGGGGUUCUGUCCUCUGAAAAUAGAAGAGAGACAGAUGAUCAGCAUUCCUCUCUAAAAGCAACUAAGGAAGAAUUGAAUGAUGUUGCAUCCCCAACUCCAAGUGGGACUGAUAGCCAUUCCACACGGGCAGCAAGACCAAAAAAGAAAGAGAGCGUGAGCAAGGAAACCACAUCCUCCCUUGAUGAUGUCUCUAAAUCGAAUAGUGAUUCAGAAAUUCUAGUCGUAACAAUGCAGAUGAAUCCACUUCGAGACAACUGUCUGAUAAGAAAAGGAGAGGUCGGGAAAAAAGUUCCUGAGAAGGAUAGAAAGAAAAUCUCAACCAAGAAUGACGACGAGGAAAUGAUUGGAUCGCCAAAGUCAGUGAAGCCAAACAAACAUGAUUCUCGCAUGGAGGAGAAUCUCAAGACAAAUUCCAAGAGAAAGAAUACCCCGAGUAAAGAAAAAGCUUCUGUUUCUAUGGAGUAUGGUGAGAAUCUCGUUGGCUUGAAGGUGAAGGUCUGGUGGCCCAAAGACCGUGAGUUCUAUGAAGGUUUUAUCCAUUCAUUUGAUCCCUCUAAAAAGAAGCACAAGGUGCACUAUAAUGAUGGUGAUAAAGAAAUUUUAAAUCUUAAGAGAGAAAAGUGGGCAGUGAUUGAAGAUGAAUCUGGGUCCGAUGAGGAAGGCGCAGCUAAUCAUUCAAGUCCUGAUGUUUCAUCUGACAUGCCUCAAAAGAAGAAAGCAAAAGCAGCUGAUCUCUCUAGCAAGAAAGCUAAGAUGGACGCUACACCAAAAAGGGGUGGAGGAACUUGGACUGGGAAAUCCAAGGUUGCGGCCACAAAGUCUGGUCGCAAAACAAAGGAUGUCAAAUCCAAUGAUGGCUCUAAAAGUGUCGGUAAAUCCAAGGGUCAUACCCCUAAAACUGGUGGUAAAUCAGUUGACAUCGUUUCAAAAGUAAGUAAGAAGUCCAAGAAUGAGGACAGUGGUGAUACACCGAAGUCCAUGAAAUCCAAUAAUGAAGGAAGUGCCACACCAAAAGCUUCCACAAGAUUACAAGACACUUCAAAGACGGCCAAGUCCAAGCAGGAAGCCCCAAAAGGUUCCCCUCUUCCUAAGGGCAGAUCUCUUAAAAGUGGUGGCAAAUCCAGUGCUCAUGGCACUAGUAAGUCAAAAUCUGAUUCAUCAAAGGUGAAAGAAAGUGAGAGCACAACCGAUUCAGAAAAGAUUGUGGGAAGUGCGAAGCGGAAAGCAUCAAGUUUGUCGAAGAUACAGGGAAGUGAUUCCAGGUCUGGAAAAAAGCAGCGAAGAUGAGCUUAAAAUAGCAUCAAACUGCAUCGUCAUUGCCAAGGGUUGGUUCUUGUCCAAUGUGGAACUUGGCUGAAAAGAGUUAUUGCGGGCAGUCUUUAGAAGUACGAAUGCUGAGCCAUGCAAUUGGUAUUUCAUGUAGUUAGGCUUGUGGGUAGAAAAUAUUCGUAGGUAGUGUUUGUAUGGUUUGUGUUUCUCUUAUUGUUGAUGCACGCCUUAGGAUUACAUCGGGUUAGCCUUUUUUGUCUUUGUACCAAUGAGUUGCUUCCAUAACGUAAUAGAUUCGAGAAACUUGUGGAAGCAGUGGCCGUGUAUCUAUUCAACCCCAAACCCUCUCUCUCUCUCUCUCUAAUGAUUGCAUCUUUAUUUGGUUGGUAGCAAAAUUACAUUUUUUU